UCUCAGAACAGAGUGCAAAGAGAGAGAGAGAAAGAGGGAGGGAGAGAAAAAAGCCAAGUGAAUGUUAGAGCCCACUGUGGUCACUGCUGAAAUACUGAAUCUGAGAGAAAUGGAGGGAUUAACCAGUCGGAUUUAAAAAUCUGGAGCUCAUGCGGAGGCAGCCAAUCAGGGGACGAUCUGGAUUAAAAGGAGCCUUGGUCUAAAUGGGUCCGGUUAUGCCUCCCAGUAAGAAACCGGAAAGUUCCGGGGUCAGCGUCGCGAACGGCCUGAGCCAGUUCUAUCAGGCGAGCUCCAUCACGCGCGCCCUGCAGGAGGCCGAGGAGAUGGACCUGGCUCUUCCCACCAUCAAACUGGAAAAGGGCAGCAUGGAGGACGAGGAGCUCACCAACCUCAACUGGCUCCACGAGAGCAAGAACCUGCUCAACAGCUUCGGGGACCCCGUGUUGAGGAGCGUCAGUCCCGUCCAGGACUUGGACGAUGACACCCCUCCCUCCCCCGCCCACUCGGACCUCCCUUACGACGCCAAGCAAAACCCGAACUGCAAACCCCCUUAUUCCUUCAGCUGCCUCAUCUUCAUGGCCAUAGAAGAUGCCCCCUCCAAGAGACUGCCAGUUAAAGACAUAUACAACUGGAUCCUGGAACACUUCCCUUACUUUGCCAACGCCCCCACGGGGUGGAAGAACUCAGUCAGGCACAAUCUGUCCCUCAAUAAGUGUUUUAAGAAAGUGGACAAGGACAGGAGUCAGAGUAUCGGGAAGGGCUCCCUGUGGUGCAUAGACCCCGAAUACAGACAGAAUCUCAUCCAAGCGCUGAAGAAGACGCCUUAUCAUCCGUAUUCCCAGGUGUUCACCACGCCUCCCACCUCUCCUCAGGCAUAUCAAAGUAUGUCCAGUCCUCCAAUUUGGCCAGGAAGUCCCUUUUACAGAAAAAACAAGGGAGUCCUGCUACAAGUCCCUCAGGGAGUGAUCCAGAACGGAGCUCGAAUGAUGAGCCAGGGCCUCUUCCCAGGAAUCCGACCCCUUCCCAUCAACCCCAUUGUCAGCAGGACAGCCGCUGUCAGGUCAGUACUCGGGUACAGAAUAACCAGCGACGGCGAGCCAACCCGUAACUCUCCGCUGGUCAGCAGCGACCCCAAAGAGGACCACACCUACAGUUACGCCAAAUCUUCCAGCUCGGAUGUUGAAGAAGAGGCCAACUGCGAUGGAAGCGAGGUGAGCUUUCACGCCAACGAGGCCGGCAGCGAUGCAGAGGAGGACGACAAAAGCAAAAUCAAGAAGGAGCCCAAGGAGUGGUCCGUGGACGCCCUCGCUCUGGCCCAGCACAAGAAACGGCAACAUUUGACAAAGGUCAAACAGAGAGUGGCCAGUGACACUCUUCCUCUAAAAAAGAGGCGUACAGAGAAGCCUCCGGAAAGUGACGACGAGGAGAUGAAGGAGGCGGCCGGGUCCUUGCUUCAUUUGGCGGGAGUCAGGGCUUGUUUGAACAAUAUCACCAACCGGACGGCAAAGGGGCAGAAAGAGCAAAAAUAAUGAACUGACUGUAUUAUAAAGAGGAAAAAAACAUCACUUUGAAUAGAAUUUACUAUUUUUUUCCAGGACAUCAGGUGAAUUCUACUGAUUUGUGGCAAUAUCAACAAUCACUUUGUUUUCCUAUCUUUAUAGGUAACAUUUUACUGAGGGUUCCUUGUUUUAGUUCAAUUUUUGUUAAUUUUAUUGUGAGGUUUUUUUGUUUUGUUUUAAUCUACGGAGAUUGAAGCCAUAGCCUUCCCUUUUUUAAGAUAUUCAGUAAAGCAUUUCAUUCGACUGAGAGAGAAAAGUGAUAAAAUUGCCCUGCCCCGUUGUCAUAUUUAAAGAGACAGUUCACCUCAAAAUGAAAAUUCUGUCAUUCGUUCAUCUUUGGAACUGUUUUGUUUUGUUUUUUACGCAAAUAAAAUUAAAUCAAAUCUAAAAAUAUUUCUGUCCCUAGUCUUCUAGAGAGACAUGCUUUAUAUGAUGAACAGGUAUAAUUUAUAAUUAAGCGAACAAUAUUUCUAAAACUCAAAUUUGGUCAUAGAAGCUCAAGCAUGUUUGCUUAAAAAAAAAAAAAAAAAGAACCAAUGAUGUUCUUAAUUGUGUUUCUUCAGAAGACUUGAUUUUUUUUUUUGUUUUUUGUUUUAAUAAAUUUUUUUCCCUUAUGAAUUGGCUGAAAAAACUUUUUAAUGGCAAAGAAAUCUCUCACAUUUCAUUAAAAAUUCGUCUUCAUUCGUGUUCCAGAGAUGAAUCUUUGGGUUUUGGAACGACAUGAGGGUGAAUAAAGUGUAAUAAAUUGACAGAAUUGUAAUUUUGAAGAUAACCAAUCCUUUAAAAACAUGACAAGAAAUUGUGUUGUGCAGCGCGUUCUGCAGCCAGAGUAGUUCUCCAGUUAAUUAUGAGUUAUAGUAAUCUCUGCUGUAAUAUAAGAUGUUUUAGAAGCACAGGGCAGUGCCAAAGACAAUCCUCAAGCAGUUUCUGUGAUGUCACUUCCCCUCGAUGCUCUGGCCGAUAAAGCAUCUUGUGGAAAACACUCAUGUCUGUAGUUGUCGUUUGGCUCGUAUGAACCAUAGUUCACUGGGAUGAGAGUAAAGCCAUAAGCUUUUGUCAAGGUGUUUUUGGAGUCAAAAGUGAUACACUUACCAAUAAUUCUCUUAAAACUGCCCACAUUUUUUUUUUUCCUAAGCAAUCAAAUCGAGUGAUAUUUUCCAUCUAAACCGGUAGUGGAUGGUGAUACUCCUUUCUUCGGCACAAUGAAAAUUAAAACUUGGAGCUAAAGCUACAAUACCUGCCAAUUGUAUUUUAAAAGCAGACAAUAAUGACUGUGGAGUUGUUUUGUGUUUGUUCAUUUGUUUACGUUUUUUUUUUUUUGUUUUUUUUUAUUUGAAACCCUCGUGAUGUAAUAAGCAAUUUCAUCCAGUCAGGAUAAACACUGUAUAAAAGUAACACUAGACCAUUUUCAUUUCUUAAUUUAAGCAAUGUAGCCAGCAGGAUUUUCCAAAUCGUGUUGCAUGGGUUCUGUAAAGAAAAAGAAGACAGUUUUUUUAAAAAUCAAAGUUCAUGUAAGGUAAAUAAUGUAUUUAGCAUGGAGCAUGAAUUAUUUUCAUAUAAAUAUAGAUCCUAGAGAACUAAGGCACCGCCUCUAAUUUCUAUGCCAAUAGGCCUAGUCUCUUUUGUUGUUUUUGUCGGAUUUGAUUUCCAUUUGUCGUCCUCAUCGCCUUUGUGUUGAAGCAGGCAUCUUAACAAUUACCUUCUUCAGGGACAAACACUGACUGUUGGGAAACUCUCUCUGCAAUACGAGGACUCGGGCCCGGGUCGUCUCGGUCCACGCUAGCGACCGUCCCGAAAACCCACGAAUAUCCGCUACGUCAAUGUCCGUGUCGUCAAGGAGAAGUUCGUAGUGAGUGUCAGUCCCCUUCCGGCUCCGUGCCUGCUUUACUUCCAUAUGUAAUCCGGAUGUUCGUGUCUGUGAUUUAUUCAGGGUCUUCCAUUUUGUUCCACGAGACUUUGGAUCUGCGGUUUUGUUUUUUUGUUUUUUUUUCCAUUUUAUUCCUGUAUUUACAUGUAGCACUGUUCAGGAGUCAUCAGUAUUGAUUCAGUUCUUCUCGGUACAGGCAGUCAGACAGUUAUUUACGCCUCCGCGCAUAUAUUUAAGCACUUAUAGACAAUAAAAACAAGUGAUAACAGAGCUCAGUGCAAACGCUAGUGUAUAUAUUUUCACGACCUCACCGAAUUGCACUUUUAUUGUUUUAUCGUAUAGUAAAGAACUUAAGGAUUCAGUGCCAAAGCCUGUAAUGACUCUAUACACUGCAAAACGGACGAUGCAUACUUGAUAUGUCAGUCACAAACAUGUCAAUAAGUUGUAGCAUUUCUGUCAAGUACUCAUGCAUAAGAUAUUCCCCAUCGUAUUUGUUAAUAUCGCACUGCAAUGCUGUGUUUCAUGAAUCCACACUGCCUUCCCCGUUCAUCCGACGAUGAUGAUAAUGGUUCGACCCGAUGUUUUGUAGUGUGUUGAAUGUUAUAUCUGACCCAUGAGUGUUAAUGUGAUGUCUCCAGUUGGCAUGCCUUUCCCUAACCAAGCUAGACAUUUCUUGACGAAAAAUAACCCUGAUUAUAACCUUGUCUGCUGGUCUUUAUGAACAUCUGUCAUAUCACAUUUCCGUUCAAUAUGCUUCAAACUGGGAAACCGGUAGCAGAGAGAGCUAUGAGUCCUUUAUACACUGCCUUCCUUCAAAGACAACACUCACUACGGAACUUUUCCUUUCUAGUUCUUUCAGAGGAACCUGAAACAUGUUAAAAAGCAUCAAGAAGAGCCAGCCAAAAAAAAUGUUAAUAGGAGGCGAAGUGUUUCUUUUUCUUCCCAUCGUGUGUUUUUCUUUUGUUUCGUUUCGUUUCGUUUGUUUGUUUUUUGUUGAAAGGUUCCUGUUAACUGCCAUUCUGUUACGUGUUUGAGUUGUUUAAGAUGAAAGUAACGGAAUCCAUUUGGUUUGUGAUGAAAUAUUCAGUCUGACGGCAUGUGCACCCUGCUAAUAUGUCAAUAUAGAGGCAUAACUGCACUCUGUAUUUCCUUCGACUUGUAAUCAUAUUGCCAAAGACAACAAUUUUAUCGAUUAAUGUAAAUACCACUUUGUCCAUUGCUCUGACAAAUUCUGUUGGUUUUCGUUUCGUUUUAUUUUUUUUUCCAACCCUACCAUCAAGUUUCUGUGAUGUAUUGUCUUCCAGUUGCAAUAAAAAAAAAAAAAGUUGCAAAGGUGA